GGAUUCGAUACCUCCGCGCAAUAUAGUCUAUCUGUCUCAAAUAUAUCUAGGACAUUCUGGAGCAAAUGAGCCAUGAACAAAGAUAACAAGGACGACUUCACUUUUGCUCGACUCUGCGACCUCAAGCUGCCAGUAACAUUCCGAAUAGCUCAACUUGAGGGUACACGGCAUCCAAGAUCUUUCACAGAAAUCAUAGAUGACCCAGAGCUGAGGUUUCAUGGGCUACAAUCCCAAGGACUCUCAGACCUAUACGUCACCUGUCAAUUAGUUGCGGACAAUAAGCCUUUGACCAUUCCGUUUCGGACGUCAUUCAAGGCCUUCAAAAGCAACUACACAUGGAACGAAUGGAUCAGCUUCCCUAUACGAUACUGCGACCUUCCUCUUAGCUCUCAGAUAAUAUUCACAGUCUGGGACAUUGCUGGCCCUCGCGCCGCCACACCAGUCGGGGGCACGACGUUCAGGCUCUUCGGGAAGAAAUGGACCCUACGAAGAGGGAAACAUCGGAUGUUGCUCUGGCCUGGGAGGGAGGCGGAUGGCUCGGUAGAAAGCACUACACCGAGCAAGAUGGGAACGAGAGAUGAGAUGGGAAGGUUGGAGAAGUUGGUGAAGAAGUACGAGAGAGGAGACUUGCCCAAGUCGGAUUGGCUUGACAAGAUGGCCUUCAGAAAGAUGACUGAAAUUCAUGCGGCUGAGACUGAAAAGUCUGACAACCUCUUCCUCUACGUCGACCUGCCCCGCUUCGAUUUCCCCGUCAUAUUCAGCGAACCUGAAGUGGCCGCAUCGUCCUCAACAACUACGGUCGUCGCACCACCAUCCCACCAACCGAUCACUCCCUCAAUAUCCACCUCCUUCGCCUCUGACCCUUACCUCUGGGCAAUACUAGACCCAGACGCACCGAGAGAUAACCCCGUGGAAGACAAACAUCGUCGACUCGUACGGAGUCAUCGAAGCAGUCCUUACGACCGUGAACUCAAACCAAACACAAAGAUACGAGACGAGCUGGGCGUGAUUCUCAGCUAUGCACCCAGUCAAACAUUGACCUCCGAAGAGAAAGACUUGAUCUGGAAAUUCCGGUUCUACCUCGCUCGGGACAAACGCGGUCUCACCAAAUUCCUCAAGUCCGUGACGUGGCGAGACCCAUCAGAGGUGAAGCAGGCCGUGGAAGAAUUACUACCUCAAUGGACAGAAAUCGACACAGACGACGCACUAGAGUUACUUGGUCCCGGUACCGUCGAUUCGCGUGUGAGAGCAUUCGCCGUUAAGCAGCUCAGCCGAGCAGACGACGAUGAACUCAUGCUCUAUCUGCUCCAACUGGUACAAGCUCUCAAAUUCGAAAGCACGGCUAGCGAUCAACGCUCUUCGCGGUCCACAGCUAGUGCAAUCUCGUACGACGACAGCGGGUUGGCCGAUUUCCUCAUUUCGCGCGCGGUACAGAAUUCGGUGCUCGGAAAUCGGCUGCAUUGGUAUCUUGCCGUCGAGGUGGCGUUGGAGGACCGUGUUAUGGCGAAGAUGUACGGAAAGGUCAUCUUCAAAUUCCAGCAACGUAUCCUGGAUUAUGAUAGUGUCAGAGGCAAAGAGCGGCGAACGCUUAUGGGUCGGCAAGGAGAACUCAUCGCCACCCUUGCCAAACGCGCCAAAGAGAUACGCAUGUCCAAAGAUCCCCGUCCCAAGAAGAUCGAGAAACUGCGCGCUUUCCUUUCCGACUCCAAGAACAAUCUCAACUCUAUGCCACCUCUCCCACUCCCUCUCAACGCCACAAUCGAAGUAACAGGCAUCAUCCCCGAGAAGUCCUCCGUCUUCAAAUCAAACCUCUACCCUCUCCUCCUCUUCUUCUCCUGCUCCGAUGGUUCCGAGUUUCCGGUCAUAUUCAAAGAUGGAGAUGAUAUGCGUCAAGAUCAACUCGUGAUUCAGCUGUUCACGUUGAUGGAUAGGUUAUUGAGGAAGGAGAACCUCGAUUUGAAGUUGACGCCAUACCACGUCCUGGCGACGGGUCCUUUGCAGGGCAUGGCGCAGUUCGUGGAGAGCAAGACAUUGGCGGCGAUUGUGAGUGAGAGUGGGACGUUAUUGAAUUAUUUGCGGAAGUAUUGGCCAGAUGAGGGGAGUGUGGGGACGUAUGGGGUUGAGCCGAGUGUGAUCGAUACGUUCAUUAGGAGUUGUGCUGGCUACUGUGUCGUAACAUACCUACUAGGUGUGGGUGAUCGCCACUUGGACAACCUGCUGCUCACUCCUGAUGGCCACUUCUUCCACGUCGACUUCGGGUACAUCCUCGGUCGGGACCCGAAGCCCUUCCCACCCGCUGUCAAAGUCUGCAAAGAAAUGAUCGACGCCAUGGGUGGCGCCCAGUCCAUGCACUACGCACGCUUCAAGAACUUCUGCUUCACUGGCUUCACCAUCCUGCGCAAAUCGGCGAACCUGAUCCUCAACCUCGUCACCCUCAUGGUCGACGCGAAUAUACCUGAUAUCAAGCACAGAAACGUGCAUGAACAGAUCCAGGAGAAGUUCCUGUUGGAGUUGACGGAGGAAGAGGCUAUCAAGCAGUUUGAGACACUUUUGAAUGAGGGAAGUUAUUUCACGAAGGUGGUGGAUCGGUUCCAUGAUUUGGCGCAGUAUUGGAGGAGUUGAGUUGAACGGUGAGAAUCUUGGGGUGUUGUAGCUUUUGGAUUGUUCGUAUAACUUAUGUCGUGUACGAGUCUCGGACUACUCCUGUACCCUUAUUCAUGAUGUUUUCAUUCCACACCAUCGGAACUACC